UGCCAUGCAGUUUCCCUCCUUAACACAUAGCAAUGGCGUGACAUGCAUUUUACAAAGUAAAGGCAGGGAGAUUAAAGUUCGCGAGCCAAAAUCUCGUUAUUAUCUUUCCGUUGAUUUCGCUGUUCUGUUCUUGCGAGACUCAUUAAUAUCCCGCACCAGCAGUCUCCCGCGAUUGCCGCAUUGGGUGAAGGGAAAGUUGAGAAAGCGAGAGAAAGAAACAAAGAAAGAAAGCAAUGAUGGUUUUAUUAUACAAAAUCCCAUUUCCUCGCUGUCUCUUUUUCUUGCCCUGCGAUCUCCAAAUGACCCCUUGAAGUAUCUGGAUGGGUUGUGUCAAUUCGAGGCAGACGGUGUCGGUGACGCCGGCGGUCGAUCACUCCGAUCUGUUUCCGGGCAAUGCGAGCUUGGGACAUUCGGAAAGGAGCUUGGGGGACUUGGAUGGUAAGAAGAAGAAGAAGAAGAAGAAGAAGAGUGAGUCAGUGGGCGAGUCUGACAGAGAGAGUUCAAAAUGGGUAUGUGAUGAGUCUUUGAGUUUCAGAUUGGGGAAUCUGCAAAAGUAUGUGGAGGGAGAGCAAGUCGCAGCCGGUUGGCCUGCGUGGCUUACUGCCGUCGCCAGCGAAGCCAUUCACGGUUGGGUCCCCCUCCGAGCUGAUGCGUUUGAGAAGCUCGAGAAGAUUGGGCAGGGUACAUACAGCAGUGUGUUCCGAGCGAAGGAACUUGAGACAGGGAAGAUAGUAGCACUGAAGAAGGUGCGGUUUGACAUUUUUGAACCGGAAAGUGUGAGGUUUAUGGCACGAGAAAUAAUGAUUCUGAGAAGGCUUGAUCAUCCAAACAUCAUAAAAUUGGAGGGUUUGAUUACUUCCAAAUUGUCAUCUAGCAUAUACCUUGUAUUCGAGUACAUGGAACAUGAUAUCACAGGGCUCCUGUCCAGUCCUGAUAUCAAAUUUAGUGAAUCACAGAUUAAGUGCUACAUGAAACAGCUGUUGUCUGGACUUGAUCAUUGUCAUUCACGUGGUGUAAUGCAUCGAGAUAUCAAAGGAUCAAAUCUUCUGGUGAACAAUGAAGGGAUACUAAAGGUUGCUGAUUUUGGAUUGGCAAAAUUCUCUGUUUCUGGGAACAAGCAGCCCCUCACCAGUCGUGUUGUCACUUUGUGGUACCGUCCUCCUGAACUUUUGCUGGGCUCAACAGAUUAUGGUCCUUCUGUAGAUCUAUGGAGCAUUGGCUGUGUAUUUGCAGAACUUCUAGUUAGAAAACCAAUUCUUCAGGGGAGAACAGAGGUGGAGCAAUUGCACAAAAUUUUCAAACUUUGUGGCUCCCCACCUGAUGAAUACUGGAAAAAGACCAAGCUUCCUCAUGCAACUUUGUUCAGGCCGCAGCAGACAUACAAUAGUUGCCUCCAAGAGACCUUUAAAGAUUUUCCUGUGACCACUGUGAAUCUUCUGCAAACCCUUCUUUCCAUAGAAUCAUACAAGCGUGGCACUGCUUCAUGUGCUCUUUCAUCAGAGUAUUUCAAGACAAAGCCAUAUGCAUGUGAUCCAUCAAGCUUGCCUGUAUACUCGCCUAGCAAGGAGAUUGAUGCAAAACUCUGGGAGGAGUCAAGAAGAAAAAAGAUUGGUAGAAGAGCUCGUGGACCUGAAACAAGAAAACCAUCAAGAAAGCCACCAGGAUUCAGUAAAUUAGCCCCAGCGGAGAGUUUGGUUAAUCAAACUCGAAAUUCUCAAGCAGUCAAAUGUAGAACUUCCUGCAUCCUCAAAGAGAACACCAACACAGAUGAGGAGGCGCCAAAGCCAUCGACUGAUAAAGCAGAAGAUGCUUCCCAUAUUAAAAAUGCAUCUCACGGAGAUAUUCCCAUGUUACAAGUUUCAACAUCAAGUGGCUUUGCAUGGGCAAAAAGACGAAAAGACGAUGCUUCAAGACGAUCUCAUUGUCGAUCUAUUUCACGGGGGCAUAUUUUGAAUUCCUCAGAACAUUCUUCACUACAUUCAAGAAACAACUUUGACUCCAGAAACCAGGAAAACAAGGAAUUUUGUGGCGGACGCUCCAACUCAAAGGGCCAUGACAUGCGUGAAAUCUCUAAGCUUGCAAUGUUGAACCAGUGGAGCAAGUUUGAUCGCCCAGACUCAUUUGAUGCUUCUGAUGAAUACCACUCACAAGAGCUAUCUGUCGCCCUUUAUCAUAGAGAAUAUUCAGCAUCCAGGAGAAGUAAAAUGGAUUCUGGAGAGAAGGUGGAAUUUUCAGGACCCCUGCUAUCUCAAAUGCAUGCGGUUGACGAGCUCUUAGAAAGACAUGAGCGUCAAAUUCGCCGUACGGUGCGAAGAUCUUGGUUUCAGAAAGGUAAGAAGCAUGAGAAGAAAUUGGAAGACUAAUUACUUCAAGUUAUUGAUCAGGAAGGUAGUUGAAGUUGAACUCGAGCAUCAGAUCAAGAUCAUAAAACAAGAAGACUUCCCCAAGCAUGCUGCUUCUAGCAACAAAAAUAACUAAGAAGGAAGAAUCAUAUUGACAGUAUCCAGCAGAAUAUUUGUUAUCUGGGAGCUGGGAAACUGAAAUCUUUUAGGGACAUAACUCAUUCAGACUUCAGUUUAUAGAGGUCUGAUGUAGGCCAGGCAAACGAAGAAAUGAUAGAUUUUUUUUUUUUAACCACAGGUUCCUAUUUUUGAUCGAUUAUAGACAAAUUCGUUUCUGUAUGAUCUGAAGUCCACCUCUUUGCCUUUACCAUCUUCUUCAGGUCUUAUCAGGUGAUGUAUAUAUUAAUAUGUGGUAAUUGGCUUGAGGAUAGUCAAAGCCCUCUUUAGUUUCCCUCUGUUUUUGCCUUUUGGGCUUCAGAGGAGUCUGAUACGGACCUGGGAAAAUUAUAUUCAAGGGCCAUUGUUUGCAAAAUUUAUAGAUCUACAAAAUUUAAUUUCAA